AUGGGCUCUGUUCCUCAAGUCGGUUUUGAUGUCCGUGGCCUCACACCGGCCCCCGUCACACCCUUCACCAAGGAAGGCGCAGUAGACUAUGAAGCUAUUCAACGUCUCGGUUCCUGGUUGGGAAGCAUCCCCGGCGUCAAGGGUCUCGUUGUCCUCGGGCACGCCGGUGAGGGGACUUUCCUCACCCAAGAUGAGCAGCUCGAAGUCAUCCGCGCCUUCCACAAGUCUGUCGGAGGUCGUGUUCCAAUCAUCGCGGGCAUCACUGGCGAGGGUACUGAGGUUGCUGCCCUCGAGGCCAAGCGCGCCAAGGAGGCCGGCGCCGCCGCCGGUCUGCUGUAUCCAUCUCACGGCUGGCUCCGCUUCGGCUACCAGCCCGGCGCGCCGCAAGACCGUUACAAGCGGGUGUACGAGGUCAGCCAGCUACCUCUGAUUCUUUUCCAGUAUCCCGACAACACAAAGGCCACAUACAACCUGCAAACCAUGCUUGACAUCUCUGCACAGCCGGGCGUCUUUGCCAUGAAGAACGGCGUCCGCAACAUGCGCCGGUGGGACACCGAGAUCCCCGUCAUUCGCGAGCAGCGUCCGGAUCUGCAAAUACUGACUUGCCACGACGAAUACCUCCUUCACACCGUCUUCGAUGUGGAUGGUAUGCUCGUCGGCUACGGAAACAUUGCCCCUGAGGCGCUCCUGGAGAUGAUCGCUGCCGGCCAGGCCAAGGACUACAAGAAGGCACGAGCUAUCCAUGACCAGCUUCUCCCUGUCACCAAGGCCGUCUACCAUCGCGGCUCGCACAUGGAGGGUACCGUUGCGCUGAAGCACGCGCUUGUUGCUCGAGGAAUCUUGGACCAUGCCACGGUGCGUUCACCACUACUGCCACUCGAGGACGGUGCCGAGAAGGAGAUCCACGCUGCUAUCCAGGCGGCUACGCUACCUCGCGUGGCGUGA